UGUUACACACCGGUGAGUUCUACUGCCGCUGGCGUUAACACUGUUACACACUGGCGUCACUCUGGGCAUGGUGGUGACCUCCUCGGGGCCCCAGACCCUCAAGAAGGCCCAAGGGGAGAGUGUGCGGCUGGGCUGCACCUACAGCCCCGGGCCCUCCGACACCGGAGCGCUGGACAUCGAGUGGUCCAACGUCAGCCCGGACAUGACCCAGAAGGACCAGCUGCUCCUCUCCUACACGGGAGGGCAGGAGUACAGGCUGGGGGCCCCUGACCUGAUGAAGCGGCUCCACUUCGUGGGGGUUCCCAGCAAUGGCGACGCCACCAUCGAGAUCACCUCCUUGGUGACCUCCGACACGGCCACGUACCAGUGCAAGGUCAAGAAGACGCCGGGGGUCGACUCUCGCAAGGUCACGCUGGUGGUGCUGGUGCGUCCCUCUGUUCCUAAGUGCUGGGUGGAGGGCAGUGAGGAGAGGGGGGGGCCGGUGUCCCUGCGCUGUCAGUCCCUCCAGGGCUCCACACCCCUGACCUACACCUGGAGGAGGGGGGGCGGGGGCAGCCUGCCACCCACGGCCAGCGUCAACCCCCAGACAGGAGAACUCUCGAUCAGGAACCACUCGAGCAGCUACAUGGGCCGCUACGUGUGUGAGGUGAAGAAUGAAGUGGGAAAGGAGCAGUGCGAAUACACCCUACGGGCCUACGAACCUGUGAAUAAAACAGGGGUGAUUGUGGGAGCUGUGAUUGGUGCUCUGCUGCUCUUGCUCCUCCUCCUGCUCCUUAUCUGGCUUCUGAUUUGCUGUUGCCACAAGCGUCGCUAUGAGAAGGAAAUGGCUAACGAGAUCAGAGAGGACGUCCCCGCUCCAGAGAGCCGUCCCACCAGUCGUGUGUCCAGCAUGCGCUCCAUCAUGGGCUACCACACCCACUCCGGCCUCCUGUACAGCUCCAUCAGGAGUGGGCCGCCGCCCCACAGAACCCCGUCUGGCAACGCCGGCCAGCACACGGCCACGCCACAGCCCGACACCGCCAGUAUGUACAAGCAACCGCUCAAAUACGACAGCCGGUACGGAUACCCCGUCUGACCCCCAAGGCACAGCCGGGACGGAUACCCUGUCUGACCCCCACGCCACAGACCCACAGAACCAGCAUCUAAACACCAUGGCCAAAAAGACUAUCUGACAGCAGCCCAUGGCUGAAACAGCACAGCAGAUUUCUCCACCACGCAUAAAACCUCCCUCUACUGCCCUCUAGUGGCCAGACUCUAUUGGCUGAGCUUGGCAAGUGGGGAAAAGAACAGAGAUGUUUCCGAGCCCACAACAGCUCUAAGAGCUGAGAGGUCACUCCUCUAGGAACACACACACACACGCACACACACACUCACACAUUGGGUCUAGGCCUUAUCAGGCCCCUCUGCACUCCAGAGGAAGCUCCCUGGGUAGUGGCUACUAUUGUAUUUUAUGUUUUACACAGGGUAUUUACAUACAUUGAUGUUUAUAACUUGCACUUUUGAAAGUGAAUUGCGUUUCCUCUAUAUUUUAUACACAAUAAACUGAAGUAUUUUCCCUCUUUUAUACUAAA